AUGUAAAAAUGACUACAAAGAGACGAUAUUACCCUUCUUUCAUCCUUGCAUAUAAAAUCUUCUGCCCCUUGUUUUCGCAAAAUACUCGCACCUCUCUCUCUCUCUCUCUCACAAUAUGGACAAAACACAAACUUGAUCUCGACGAAACUAUACGAGACCAAAACGCAGCGUUCGAGUAUGGCUUCUAUUUCUACUACCUUACUUCCUUCUACUUCAACCCAAUUUCAAGAUCGAACUUUCUCAACCUCUUCUUCUUCUUCUUCGAGCCCCAGUAUUCAAUCUCUGUCGUUUUCCUCUUCCUCCACACUCGGAAACAAGAAACAAAACCCUUGCUCUGUUUCUCAGUCCGUCAACAAAAAACUAACCGUUUCGUCUUCUCAACAAUCUCCAACGACAUACCAACUACAAAAGGAACUAUGUAACGAUGCAGCCAGUUUGAUCCCCAAAAUGACGAACCAGAGCCCAAAAUUAAACCCGGUGCAGAGAACCGCCGCGACGAUCUUAGACGCGGUGGAGAACGCCAUGCUUUCGCACGAGCGCCGCCGUCAUCCGCUUCCUAAAACGGCGGACCCCGCCGUGCAAAUAGCCGGAAACUUCUUCCCGGUCCCGGAGCAACCAGUCCGUCAUAAUCUUCCGGUGAGUGGAACAGUACCAGAGUGUAUUCAAGGAGUGUAUGUCAGAAACGGUGCUAAUCCGCUUCACAAGCCAAUCUCCGGCCACCAUUUCUUCGACGGAGACGGUAUGAUUCACGCUGUCCGGUUCGAUAACGGUUCGGUUAGCUAUGCGUGCCGGUUUACCGAAACAAACCGGUUUGUUCAAGAGCGAGAAUUGGGUCGCUCUGUUUUCCCCAAAGCGAUUGGAGAGCUUCACGGACAUUUAGGCAUAGCCAAGCUUAUGCUCUUCAAUGCCCGAGGACUAUUCGGGUUAGUCGACCCGACCCAUGGACUCGGUGUCGCUAAUGCCGGUUUAGUCUAUUUCAACGGUCAUCUCUUGGCCAUGUCCGAAGACGAUCUACCGUACCAUGUCAGAGUCACUCCAACCGGAGAUUUAGAGACUUCGGGUCGGUACGAUUUCGACGGCCAGCUAAAAUCCACAAUGAUUGCCCACCCGAAAAUAGACCCGGAAACCCGAGAACUAUUCGCUCUUAGCUACGACGUCGUUUCUAAGCCGUUCUUAAAAUACUUCAGAUUCACACCCGACGGCGAAAAAUCUCCAGACGUCGAGAUUCCGCUUGAUCAACCUACUAUGAUCCACGAUUUCGCGAUCACAGAGAAUCUCGUAGUGAUUCCAGACCAACAAGUGGUUUUCCGAUUGCCUGAGAUGAUCCGAGGUGGUUCCCCUGUGGUUUACGACAAGAAGAAGAAAUCGAGAUUCGGGAUUUUGAAUAAAUACGCGGAAGAUGCUUCGUCGAUUCGAUGGAUCGAAGUAGCUGAUUGCUUCUGUUUCCAUCUAUGGAACGCUUGGGAAGAACCAGAAACAGACGAGAUUGUCGUGAUUGGGUCAUGUAUGACGCCACCUGAUUCAAUUUUCAACGAACACGACGAAGAAACACUUGAGAGUGUUUUGUCGGAGAUAAGGCUAAACCUGAAAACAGGGGAAUCCACGCGUCGACCGGUUAUCUCCGAAAAAGUGAACCUCGAAGCCGGUAUGGUAAACCGAAAUUUUUUAGGUAGAAAAACCCGGUUCGCUUACCUUGCUUUAGCUGAACCGUGGCCUAAAGUGUCCGGUUUCGCGAAAGUUGAUUUGUCGACCGGAGAGAUUCAAAAGUAUAUAUACGGACAUGGAAAAUACGGAGGAGAGCCUCUGUUUAUGCCGGAUGUUUCCGGCGACGGAGAAGACAACGGUUACAUUAUGGUGUUUGUUCACGACGAGGAGAAAGUGAAAUCAGAGCUCCAAAUCAUUAACGCCGUUAAUCUGAAGCUUGAAGCUACUGUUACGCUUCCGUCGAGAGUGCCUUACGGUUUCCACGGAACGUUCAUCAGUAAUGAAGAUCUAAUGAAGCAAGCUUUGUGA